AUGCCUGCCCUCAAGACUCUUAUUGCUUCCGGUCUCCUGGGAGCUGCCUCAGCCCUGAACCCCAGCUGCGCUCCAGGUGGAAACUUCGACCUCAGCAAAUGGUCUCUCCAGCUUCCCAUCGGCAACCCGGGCAGCCCAACUACCAUCCCGGCGUCCCAGCUUGAGGGCUGCAAUGGUUACCAAGACCCGGGUCACCAUUACUUUUUCACCGAGAGCGGCGAUGGUGCCCUGGUCAUGAAAGUGCCGGGAGCUCCCUCAAACACUGGCUGUGUCACCACGCCCAACAGCCAGCAUUGCCGUACGGAGCUGCGUGAAAGCAACCCGAGCAGCUGGAGCCCUAACAACCCCAACAACAAACUGACGGUGUCUUUGGCUGUCGAGCAGCCCGACAACUCUGGCCACGGCACCGUCAUUGGCCAAAUUCAUAUCGAUGACAGCGUCAGCACGAAGCCAGUAUGCGAGCUCUACUACAACUCUAGUGGUGUUCUCGCCAUGGGUGUUGAGCAGACUCGCUCCGGUGGCAACGAAAUCAUCACCCCUGUUGGUAAUGUCCCUGUUGGACAGCCUUUCACCUAUACCAUUAGCUACUCCAGCAAUGUCCUCAGCGUCAGCAUCAAUGGCGGUGCAGCACAGACGCUCAGCACAUACUCCCUCGAUGCCCCCCCCAGCUACUUCAAGGUCGGCAACUACAACCAGGGCUCCAGCGCUUCUGAUGUUCACUUCUAUUCGAUCAGUGUCUCCCAUUAA